AUGAAAUUGGAGCUAACAUCAAGAGACGACAGGUAUGUGAAGAUCAAGCUUCCUAAUUCAAUGGGUUUACCUCGGCUCAAAUGUUUAAUUCUUAAUUUGGUCAUAAGUUUUGAUACAUCAUUUAGCAAGAUCAUCUCAAGCUGUCCAGUUCUGGAAACACUUAUAGCUCGUACAACUCAUGGAAGUGGAACCAGCGAUCAGUACAUCACAAUUAACUCUUCUACCCUGAAGCACUUGGAAAUAAAAGAUAGGGGUUAUUCAACGGGCAAGCUUACCAUAAAUACUCCGAAUCUCACAUCGUUUGUUUGCCAAGAUCACAUGAGAAAUAACUACUGUCUAGAGGAACUUCCUUCUCUCGUCGCUGCUGAUAUUGAAAUGUAUGUUGAAGCACACUUUGAUGGGGAUCAUAAUGUUGAAUUUCCAGAAGCUUAUCUAGAGCUUUCUGAAGAGCUUAGAGUUGUUUUUGCUGAGCAUCUGCUGAAAUUUCUUAGGGCACUUCAUGGCGUAAAAGAACUAAAAUUAUCCCCUGGUUUCUUUGAGAUAAUUGGACUUUACAUGGAUGAGAUUAAUAGUUCUAUCCGCUAUGAUCUAGAUUUACAACCCGUUACAUCACUACCUGACUCUUAUGGGAGAUGCAACUUCACGGAUCUCCCAGUUUAUUGGACAAUCCUCCACUUCAGUUCUGUAACUGAAGUGGAAUUGUGGCUGACAAGAGGAUGCUUGGAUGUCAUUUCACACUUACUCAAGAUCUCUCCCAAUAUUGAAUCCAUUUAUAUUACAUCAAAGGAGUGCGAAAAUUUUAAUGGCGUCUGGGAACCAGUAUUGCCACAGCCAUGCAUGUUGUCUCACCUGAAGUUUAUUGAGAUAGGAGCAGUCCAAGGAUAUGAUAAUCAACUCAAGCUUCUGGGGUUUUUAUUGAAGAAUGCCAUAGCUUUGGAGGAUGUGAGACUAUAUUUUCGAUUUAUUCACUGCUUAGCUGACCAGAGAAGAAGAGUGUCGGAGUUCAGCAAAAAGCUAAAAGCACUUCCAAGAGCUUCUUCAAGCCAGGAAGAAUAUCUGGAGCUUUUUGAAGAGCUUUGCCAAGCGUAUGCUGGAAUUUCUGAGGUUCUAUUCAUGAACCAAGUUGAACAAAGUCGGCCUAAAAAAUCAACAUAG